AGCCGACUGGAGGCACAAAUCUCGUUAUUAGAAUAAAAUAUGGAUUUACACAUCUUGGACCACAGGCUUCGGGUCACCAGCAUAUCCAAAAAUGGACUGGUCAAUUUCACACACCCUCUUAUAAAACUGAUAUUUCUCCGGAACAGGACGAGGUGCAAGUUUUUUAGCCUGACCGAAACACCAGAAAACUACACAGUUGUCCUCGACCAGGAAGGAUUCAAAGAGCUGCAGCCUUCAGAGCACCUCCAGGUUGAAAGCUCCACCUGGCUGCCACUCAACGUCGUCUCCAACGGCAACAUCUCCAGCAGCUCUCAGGCUGUCGGCGUGACCAAGAUUGCCAAGUCGGUCAUCGCCCCCCUCGCCCAGCAGCACGUCUCGGUCUUCAUGCUGUCCACCUAUCAGACUGACUUCAUCCUGGUUAGAGAAAAAGACCUGUCCGUGGUCAUCAGCACCCUGGAGGAGGAGUUCAACAUCUACAGGGAGGUGGAAGGAGAGUCGGUCCCUGUGUGCAGUCAGGAUGUUUCCAACGGCCUCCAGAAGAACGGCAAAGAAGCCAUCCAACCUACAGUUCACCCAGUGCUGAUCCCCCAGAACCAGUUCUGUGUCAUGUCUCUGGACCCGGACACGCUGCCGUCCAUCGCCACCACACUCAUGGAUGUUCUCUUUUAUUCCAGCAGUCCUAAAGAAGACAAGCAGUCGUCUCCAGACCAGGAGUUGGACUGUAUUAAGUUCUUCUCGUUCUCCCUCAUCGAUGGAUACAUCUCAUUGGUGAUGGACACUGAGGCUCAGAGACGGUUUCCUGCUGAUCUUCUGUUCACCAGCUCCUCUGGGGAGCUGUGGAGGAUGGUUCGUAUAGGAGGGCAGCCUCUGGGUUUUGAUGAAUGUGGUAUAGUGGCCCAGAUAUCUCAGCCUCUUGCCGAUGGGGACAUCUCUGCCUAUUACAUAAGCACCUUCAGCUUCGACCAUGCGCUGGUCCCUGAGGAGGACAUCGUGAGUGUGAUGGAAAUGCUCCAGCAUCAAAGGAAAGAAGCAGCCACCAGCUGAUUUGUGAGCUGGAUGAUC